UCCAGACGUGAUGCAGGAAACUUGACCGCUGCAGUGGAUAUAUUUAAAUGAAGCCUGUCUGUUUUCCUUUUACGCGCUUCUAUCUUUUACCAUAAUGCACCAUCAGAGAUGUCCACCCGCUCCUCUGCCCAUCACUGAUUGACGGUACUGCAGACGCUUCACUUGCGGCUCUCGGUAUGAACCGCAGAAUCAUCACUCUGUUCCCAGGCAGAUUUAAUGUGCUCUGAAGCUCGGUUACUGCAGACAUGGCCAGAUCAGCAAACAGAGGCGGUAAGGACGGAGACUCGAGGGUAUCUGCUCCAGCGGAGAGAGGAGAGCUCAGGGAACUGUCUCUGGAGGAGGCGUUGAAGUCGUACGAGCAGCCCAUCAAUGAGGAGCAGGCUUGGGCAGUGUGUUAUCAGUGCUGCAGAGAGCUGAGGGCGCAGUCGGGUGUAGAGUUUCAAAUCUCAGAUCCGGCCUCAAUAAUCCUGCACAGAGACGGCACAGUCACCGCACAUCUGCAAAGCAUUGAUGACAGUAACGCUAAACCUGUGUCUACUUCUGAGGCCAAGUUGGUUCAGUCUAUGGGUGUGGCUAUCUACCGCGCUCUGGACUGGGGUCUAGAUGAGAGUGAGGAGCGGGAUCUGAGUCCACAGCUUGAGCAGCUCAUUGAGUUUAUGGUGGGUGGUCAGGACAGCAGCAAGAGCAAACACUGUACUAGUCAUGCAGCUAAAGAUGAAGGCUACAGCGGCCAGGAUGAGGAGGAAGAGGAGGAAGUGCAUGGCAUGCACUCUCUUCAUCAGGUGAUGGCGCUGUGUGCCCACAGACUGGCCAAUCCAGAUCUGGCACUGGAGCACUAUCAGGCCGUGUGUCGAGCACUCUUCCUGGAGACUCUCGAGCUACAGACUUUCCUCAGCAGAAUACGAGAUGCCAAAGAGAUGUUGAAGAAGAUCAGGACAGAGGAACCACAUGAUGAACAUUCAACCAUUGAACUUGAUGCUCUUCAACACACUGACUGGGCUCGGCUGUGGGUGCAGCUAAUGAAGGAGCUGAGGCAGGGUGUGAAGUUGAAGAAGGUUGAAGAACAUCCGUUUGACCCUCUGCCUUCAGAGUUCAGCCUAACACCAUUUGAGAUGCUCAUGCAGGACAUUCGCUCAUGCAAAUAUAAACUGCGCAAAGUUGUGGUGGAUGGAAAUAUUCCCACAUGUGUAAAACGAAACGCUCAUGAGCUGAUCUUGGACUUCAUCAGAUCAAGACCUCCUCUAAAACCAGUGUCUGAACGCAGUCUGCCUCCUCCUCCUCCUCAGCAGCAGCAGUCACUGCAUGAUCAGGUUCUGGCUGAGAUCAGACGAUAUCAUAAACUGAGACCUGUGGAGACACCCAGUCCAAAGAGACCGUUUGGCUCUUUACCAUGUCUGGCACACACCUGCCAGUGUGAUGUCAAAUCAACUUCCUGCAUUGACUUGUCAGUCACAGAAGCAGGCUGCCGCCCACCGUCUCGCAUACGUGUUCUUCUGAAAGCUCCAACGCUGGCAGAAAUGGAAGAGAUGAAUAUAUUUGAGGAUGAUGAAUCUCCAGACAGUGAAAUGAGGCGGGUGGAGAGCUCUCCUACACCCCUGAAGAGAGAUCGCUCCUUCUCAGAACACGACCUGGAUGAACUGCGAGGGGAAGUGAUGCCAUAUCUGUCAGAAUCACCUGAUCCCAUGAGUGCUGGUCCUUUUAGAGGAGAGAGACCCCGAUCCCACACACUGACAGGCGUCGGACCACCACAUAUAUACCAAGCCUCAUUUCCUGUGUUUGACAGGAAGCCCCCUCUGUCAUACUGUCACUCUCUCAGUUCAGAUGAUAAAUGCACUGAUGGUGCAGGAAGUGCCUCAUCAUCUCACACACACUCCAGACGCCAGUGGAUGGAGGAGUUCAGUCAUCCAGUGGCCAGUCUGGCUUUAACGGUGGAUGAGGUAAUCAACGUGCGCCGCAUACUUGUGAAGGCAGAGAUGGAGAAAUAUAUGCAGAACAAAGAACUUUAUAAUCACCUGAAACGGGGAAAGAUAUGCUGCUGUUGUCAAGUAAAGUUUCCACUCUUUUCGUGGCCCUCCACGUGCCUGCUUUGUAAAAGGUCUGUCUGCAGCUCUUGUAGUGCAAAGAUGAAGGUUCCCUACAAAAAGAUGGCACACAUUCCAGUGUACACUGUGGGAUUUCACAGCAGUGUGAAGAGUCACAAGAGUGAAGUCUACAAAUCUUUGCAUUCUCUGUCCAGACACUCAGUAGAGGUUGAGUUUCCUCACCUAUAUGCUGCAGGCUGCAAUCUGAGAGACGUGUGCUCAGACUGCACCAAGUUUGUGGCUGAUGUCAUUUCCUCUAGUCGCAGGAGUCUGGACAUCAUCAACAACACACCAAAACGAGAUAAACGGACCUCUUCAAAAUACCCACAAUCUCAGAACACAUCACAACCACACAACACAUCAGAACCCCACAACACACCACAACCCCACAACAUUUCACAGCCGCACACUUUCAAUAGAAUGUUCAAAUGAAUGUACUGAUUGAUUUCUGAAUCCAUGAGUUUACUCCACAUGGGAUGAUUUUUGUUAGAAAAUGUUACACAAACUCCACAUGCCUCCAGCUAGUAAAUUUCCCCUGCAAAUAAAAUAGUUAGAGUAAAUGAUGGCAAUGUUUAAAGGCUUGUGGUAAAAAAAAGACAAUCUUUUUGCAUCUAUUUCUUUAUAUUAACUUUAAAAUUAUAAUAAAUUAUAUAAUAACUGAAGACUGUCCAUGCUUUAGAUACAUCCUUAUACAUCAAGAAAUGCUUAUCUCUCAUAUCUAAUAGCAAAUGUAUUUUUAUCCUUAGGGACUGAAAGUAUUUAGCACCUGUGUGUCAUGGAAUUACAUCUGAGAUUAGCUGAUCUAUGAAAGUUCAGGUCAGAAUGGAGCUGAAAGUAUCUUAUUCCCAAUAGAAAAAUGAAGGGCAUUUUGAUGUACAGCUCAAGAAGCUAAUGUUAAAUUCACUGUUAUUUAUAAGGACUGCAAGCUUGCAA